AUGGUUAAAUGGUAUCAUGAAUGGACAUCAAAGAUUUUAAAAACUAAAGCUGAUACAGGAUGGGUUUCAGGAUGUUUAGACCUUAAAGCGGAUAAAACAUAUGUUAAUGAUGAGUUAGGGAAGAAAGCAGAUAAGGAAUAUGUGGAUAGUGAGUUAGGGAAGAAGGCAAAUUUGGUUUACGUUGAUGAAAAAGAUAAAGAAAUUAAAGAAAGGGUUGAAUGGUAUCAUGAAUGGACAUCAAAGAUUUUAAAAACUAAAGCUGAUACAGGAUGGGUUUCAGGAUGUUUAGACCUUAAAGCGGAUAAAACAUAUGUUAAUGAUGAGUUAGGGAAGAAAGCAGAUAAGGAAUAUGUUAACGAAAUAUACCAAAGUUUGAUAGGAACAAAAAAUAUUGAAACUAUUGUUGGCGACUUUUCUGUCAAUGAAGAAAAUAAAUAUUUUAGAUGGCAGUUUGUACACUCCUUAAAAAAUGGUAUACGGUGGAAACUCAUUCCGAAAAAUAACAAUGAAAUGUAUGUAAGUUAUAAAAAGAAUGAUGGCACACAAGUUAAAGUUCCAUUAGACAACAACUGCUACUUAAACUUAUAUGGAGACGAACAAAAGAAAUAUUUAAGAGUUUAUGAAAUGGCAGAUAUGACAUUGCCUGACCCAGCUCCAGCACCAUAUUAUUAUGACUAUGGAGAUGAUGUCAGAACACCACAUGUAGAUGAACAAAAGUUAACAUUAUAUUUAGAUUAUUAUAGAUAUAAAAGAUAUAAUGCAAUAGAAAAAACGAGAAUAGUAUAUUAUUAUACAGAUGACAGAAAUAAAUAUUAUA